GCCAUUUCCAAGCGCCCAUUUCCAAAAUGGCAGCCGGAAGGAAGUGUGUGAAUAGGACGAGCACUAGGUUUUAAUUUAAGGACGUCAGCGCGUUUCCGGUCUGGCUACAAGAUGUCUGCGCCCAGUGGUGCGUUCCAACCUCGUGAGCGGCGUUUUGGGGAGCAGGAACUGGACCAGGAUGCCGUGGCUCCAAAGAGGCCCCGACUUGGGGCAGGAAGCAAGAGCGGAGGCCGUAGGCUCAUUGUGGUGCUGGAAGGGGCCAGUCUGGAGACAGUCAAGGUAGGGAAGACAUAUGAGCUGCUCAACUGUGACAAACAUAAGUCUGUGUUGCUGAAGAAUGGACGGGACCCUGGGGAAGUGAGACCAGAUAUAGCCCACCAGAGCUUACUGAUGCUGAUGGACAGUCCCCUGAACAGAGCUGGCUUGCUGCAGGUUUAUAUCCACACGCAGAAGAAUGUGUUGAUUGAAGUGAACCCUCAGACUCGAAUUCCCAGAACCUUUGACCGCUUUUGUGGCCUCAUGGUUCAGCUUUUACACAAACUCAGUGUUCGAGCAGCAGAUGGUCCCCAGAAGCUUUUGAAGGUAAUUAAGAAUCCAGUGUCAGAUCACUUCCCAGUUGGCUGUAUGAAAAUUGGCACUUCUUUUUCUAUCUCAGUCGUCAGUGAUGUUCGAGAGUUGGUGCCCAGUAGUGACCCUAUUGUUUUUGUGGUGGGGGCCUUUGCCCAUGGCAAGGUCAGUGUGGAGUACACAGAGAAGAUGGUGUCCAUCAGCAACUACCCCCUUUCUGCUGCCCUCACCUGUGCCAAACUUACCACAGCCUUUGAAGAAGUAUGGGGGGUCAUUUGACAGUAGCAGAACCCAGUUCUGAAACAAAGGACUGUUUGCAUUGUGUCUGUUGUGAGCUGAAUGCCAAAAGAGGACCUUCCUGCACUGAGACUGCAGUCUAGAGAAGCUGAUACUGUACAUUUGCUCUUUGUCCUAUAAAUGUUUUU